AUGAGAAGUAUUAAAUCUGUUGUCGUUGGAGACGGUGGGGUAGGUAAAACGUGUUUGUUGAUCUCCUAUACCACCAAUACUUUCCCUAACGAUUACAUUCCAACAGUUUUCGAUAACUACUCCGCAUCUGUGAUGAUAGACGGAGAGCCAAUAAAGUUGGGAUUGUGGGAUACCGCCGGACAGUCAGAAUACGAUAGAUUAAGACCUUUGUCUUACCCACAAACGGAAAUUUUCCUUUGCUGCUUCUCCGUUAUAAGUCCUACUUCAUUCUCCAACGUCACAAACAAGUGGAUACCUGAAAUAUAUCACCAUUGCCCGAAGGAUAUCGCCGUGUUAUUGGUUGGUACCAAGACUGACUUGAGAGAUGAGCCUCAUGUGUUGGACGAAUUGCAUGAUAAGAACUUGAAGCCUAUUCUGUACGAACAAGGGGUGAAAUUAGCCAAGGAAUUGGGAGCAGUUGCUUACCUCGAGUGUUCUGCUGCCACGCAAGUGGGUGUGAAGGAGAUUUUUGACUUUGCUAUCAGGGCUGUGUUAGAGCCUGCAAAGGAAGAUACCAAGGUUGUUGAGAGUUCUGCUGGUAAUGCUGCCGCUAGCGGUGGAAACAAGGCAUCUAAUGUCCAACAGAACAAUGCAGCCAGCUUGCUGCAGAGAAGAAGAAGAGUCAAGAAGGCUAAGAAGUGUACCAUUUUGUAA